ACACCUUCUGGUCUUCCUUUCACUCACGUCUUUCAGACGGCCCACGACAAAAACAAUCCUCCCUUUGUCAAACCACCGUCCGACAUGGCGGCGGCCACCGUUUACCGACGGAGCUUCCACCUUCUCUCCCUCUUCUGCCUCCUCUUCGUCGCCUCUUCCGACGAGCUCCAAACCCUUCUAUCCAUCAAAGCUGCCUUCCAAGAUUCCAACACCAAAGUCUUUGAUUCCUGGGAAUCGAGUACCCCUGUUUGCAGCUUCUCAGGAAUCACCUGUGAUUCCAAUGGCUUCGUCAAAGAAAUCGAACUCUCCAACCGGAAUCUCACUGGCUUACUUCCGUUGAGCUCUGUUUGCCAGCUUAAAUCAUUGGAAAAGCUGUCUCUGGGUUUCAACAAUCUUUAUGGGCGUGUAACUCAGGAAUUGAAUAACUGCGUUUCGCUUACGUACUUGGACCUUGGGAACAAUGUUUUCUCGGGAUCAUUUCCGGAGGUAUCUUCGCUGAGCGGGUUGGUUUCUCUGCACGCGAAUAAGAGUGGAUUUUCGGGGACUUUUCCCUGGAAUUCUCUGAAAAACAUGACGAAUCUUCAGGUGUUGAGUCUUGGGGACAAUCCCUUUGAUCGAACGCCAUUCCCGUCUGUGAUUCUGAAUCUUACGAAGAUGAAUUGGCUGUACCUGUCAAAUUGUAGCAUUGAAGGGGAAAUCCCGGAGGAAAUUGGGAAUCUUGGCGAGCUGAUUGAGUUGGAAUUGGCGCAGAAUUAUAUCACUGGAGAGAUUCCAAGGGGCAUUACCAAGCUUAAGAAGCUGUGGCAGCUUGAGCUUUAUUUGAAUGAUUUGACGGGGGAGUUGCCUCCAGGACUGGGAAAUUUGACAAAUCUCGAGUAUUUUGAUGCCUCCACGAAUCGUCUAUAUGGAAAUCUUUCUGAAAUCAGGUUCUUGAAUAAGCUCAAAAGUCUACAGCUUUUCCAGAAUCAGUUUUCAGGUGAAGUCCCUGCUGAGCUCGGGGAUUUCAAGAAUCUCGUGAACUUAUCACUUUACGAGAAUAAGCUGACAGGACAGCUACCACAGAAGCUGGGAUCAUGGGCUGAGUUCAUUUUCAUAGAUGUGUCUGAGAAUUUCCUCACCGGUCCAAUUCCACCGGACAUGUGCAAGAAGGGUACUAUGGUGAAGCUCUUGAUGCUCCAAAACAAUUUCACAGGCGAAAUUCCAGGUAGCUACGCGAACUGCACCACGUUAAUCAGGUUUCGGGUCAGCAAAAACAGGCUAUCAGGUCAGGUUCCUGGUGGAAUAUGGGGCCUGCCUAAUGCAGAACUAAUCGAUCUUGCCGAAAAUGACUUUGAAGGGCCUAUUACUUCUGAUAUUGGAAAUGCCGAGUCUUUGGCAAAUCUUGUCCUUGGAAAAAACAGGUUUUCUGGUGAAUUACCUUCUCAGAUUACAAAUGCUUCAUCUUUGGUGUCUAUUGACUUGAGCUACAACCAGUUUUCCGGUGAAAUACCAGCCGCAAUCGGGGAGUUGAAGCAGCUCACCACUCUUUCGUUGCAGGGCAACAAGUUUUCUGGUCCAAUACCAGAUUCAUUAGGCUCUUGUCAUGCCAUCAACGACGUUAACAUGGCUCAAAACACAUUUUCUGGCCCAAUUCCGGCCUCUCUCGGCUCAUUACCAGCUCUCAAUUUCUUGAAUCUGUCAAGAAAUCAGCUUUCUGGUCCAAUUCCCGGAACCCUGUCCUCUCUGAGGCUAAAUCUUCUUGAUCUCUCAAACAACCGAUUGACCGGUUCAAUACCGGAAACCCUUUGGUCUGAGGCUUAUAAUGGUAGCUUUUCAGGCAAUGCUGGUCUUUGCAGUGAGAAAAUCAGGGGAUUCCAGAGAUGUUCUCCACAAUCCAACACGCCCCAACACCUUCGUAUGGUCUUAAUCCUACUCAUGGUGGCUACUGUGGCCCUACUCGUCUCGCUCGCCGGCUUCUGUUACUUAAAGAAAAAGGAUGAACGCAUAGGUGAACGGUCUCUAAAAGAAGAUUCAUGGGAUGUAAAGUCUUUCCACGUGCUGACCUUCACAGAAGAUGAGAUUCUUGAUUCCAUCAAGCAAGAGAAUCUGAUAGGCAAAGGUGGCUCAGGGAAUGUGUACCGUGUAGUCGUUGGAAAUGACAAAGAACUGGCGGUGAAGCACAUUUGGCACUCCGAUGACUAUGGUGGCCGGAAAAAGAUGGGUAGCUCAACCCCUAUCUUGGCUCGGCGUAGGACUAAGUCCAGGGAAUUUGAAGCUGAGGUUCAAACAUUGAGUUCCAUAAGACACAUAAAUGUGGUUAAGUUAUACUGCAGCAUAAGCAGUGAGGAUUCCAGCUUGUUGGUUUAUGAGUAUAUGCCUAAUGGAAGUCUAUGGGACAGAUUGCACUCUUGUAAGAAAUUGUCCCUUGAUUGGGAGACGAGGUACGAAGUCGCCCUUGGUGCAGCAAAAGGGCUAGAGUAUCUGCACCACGGUUGCGACAGGCCGGUGAUCCACCGUGAUGUUAAGUCGAGCAACAUUCUGUUGGACGAAGACUUGAAACCUCGGAUCGCAGACUUCGGACUUGCAAAGAUUGUUCAAGCAAAUUCAAACAAAGAAUCCACUCAAAUCAUUGCAGGAACACAUGGAUAUAUAGCCCCAGAAUACGCGUACACUAACAAAGUGAACGAAAAGAGCGACGUAUAUAGCUUUGGAGUCGUACUGAUGGAGCUCGUGACGGGUAAGAGACCGAUAGAGCCCGAGUUCGGGGAGAAUAAGGACAUAGUUGAUUGGGUAUGUGGGAAGCUCAAAACCAAAGAGAGUGUAGUGAGUUUGGUGGAUUCAGCAAUUCCUGAAGUUCAUAGGGAAAAUGCCAUCAAAGUCUUGAAAGUUGCCAUUCUGUGCACAGCCAGGCUUCACACGUUAAGGCCUACAAUGAGAACUGUGGUGCAAAUGCUGGAGGAAGCUCAGCCUUGGCACUUACUCAGCAUUGUUGUUAGUAAGGAUGGUGGGGGCAAGAAAGAAGAGUUGAUGGAGAAUCAUAAAUUAUGAUUCGACCCCGGAAAUUUUGACUUUCUCAUCUUCAAAAUGUACUAUGGGUUUCGCUAUUUCAUCUAAACUAGUUUUUCGCGCCAGGUGAUGAAAUAGCAUGUAAUAUAGUUAUUUAGCGCGAAGAAUUUCGCGUUAAUUUUAGAAAAUUACCCGUUUGUAAGAUAGUUUAUGUAGAAUAUAUAUAUGUAUGGUAUGAAACUUAGUUUUCAAGUGCCAAAUGCACUUUUACUGUAUCAUGUAAUGGUAUCCUUCUUGUUGACGAACAAUAAGCUCAAGGCAUGUCACCCGUUUUUUUUUA